ACAAUAAGGAGAUGGUAUGAGAGGAAAUUGGAUAGGCUCUGAAAACAAAAAACUUUGCAUGAGAUGGCAACUGCAGAUAUGAAAUUAUUCUUCAAGCUCUUGUGCUACUUUUGCAUGAUUGCUGCAGCUGCUUUGGACACUCCUGAUAUAAUGGCCAGACAUACCCUAACAAGAUCCUACUCAGAUCAUUUUCAGGAAAUUAGUUUGGAAGACCAAGGUAUACAAGAAACUAGCAAACAUGUUUUCAGUGACAAAGGAAAUGCCAGAAAGAGCAUAAUUCCCAUCACCAAAUUUUCACACAGCACUGGAGGAGGUGGUGGUAAUGCUGGUGGAAUAGGGGGAACAGCCAACAAUGGAGAUAAUGGAAGAUCAGGGUCAUCUUCUACACAAGGAGGUACAGCAGUCAUCCCUGUAUAUGCAGCUGGUGCAGCAAAUAACCACCACCAGAAAGUCCAUCACAGCCCCGGUAGCUGCAACCAGAAUAGUGUAGGAGUGUCUGUUAUCACUCUGUUACCUCUCUUUAUACAGCUAUACAUAUAACUAAACCAAUCUAUUUAUUUUUACAAGUACAAAUGGAACGUAAAACUUUAGCCGUUCUAAGCUGUCUAAACCAAUCUCUGUAAAUGUCUUAAGACUUGUAUUUGUGUUUUUUUUUCUUAUUUUGAGUUCAAUAAUCUGUAAUAGAUUUUGUGUGAUUAAUAAAGAAGUUUUAUUGCUUA